GCUUUGGCCUCUUGAGCGAAGACAAGUUUGGAUCCAUGAGCCCAGGAGUUUGUUUCCUGGGUUCGGAUGGUGAAGCCCAAGGCUGAACCUUUAAGAUGGAUUCGACGUUGCUUUUUGUGCUGGACGGCACCAUUACUCUUUCUGCUUUCUGCUCCACACUUGGAGAGUGACAAAGAUGUCGGAGCACUUGCAGUUCUAGGUCCACUAUUGGGAACAUUUGCAACUUCACUGACUGGCUUGACUGCCACAUUGUUGGGCUGCUCUAUUUGCCGAGUUGCAUUUGUGCAGCUACUUGUGCAGUUUGGUAUUCUGUUAUACGCCCAUGGCUUGAUGUUUAGCUUUACGUUUGAGUCUCCAAAAAGUGCGUUGCCAAAUCCUGUUUUUGGGGCCACGAGUGGUGCUACGAGAUUCUUGGAGAAGAGAACACUUGGAACCAUCUCUGUGGUGCUGCCGUGUUUGAACGAACCCUAUGCCGAGAAGACGGUCCUAAAGUUUUGCGAUAGAACACCACAAGAGGUGCUUGAGGAGAUCAUCGUAGUAGAUGAUGCUUCGACACCUCCCAUGGCUGAAAAACUUCAAAGCGUGCCAAGCCGUUGCAAAAUGAAGAUUUUGAGGCACCAAGAGUCUCUUGGUUUGAUGAUUGCCAAGCAAACAGGAGGCGAUGCAGCUUCUGGAACCUACAUUGGAUUUUACGAUUGCCACGUAGCACCGGCAGUGAAUUGGUACAAGGAGACCAUGGAUUUGCUCGCUGCAAAGGAGCGGCGCCUGGUGGUGCCCAUGAUAGCAGACUUGGACUUGGAUACCUGGGACGAGAAGGUGCAUGGCCCACUCACAGCAAAAUGCUACAUCAACUUCAACGCUGAUUUUUGGUGGUAUGAUGACGAGUCCGACUUUAUACCAGUCAUCAGUGGCGGUCUUGUUGCCACAACGCGGAAGUGGUGGCAAGACUCGGGAGGUUUUGAUCCUGGGAUGCGAGGCUGGGGGGGAGAGAACACUGAUCAGUCUUUGCGAACGUGGCUUUGCGGUGGAGAUAUUCUGCGAGCUAAGUCCAGUCAUGUUGCGCACAUGUGGCGAGUGGAUUCAGAUCCAAGAACUCUGUCGCGAUUUAAAUUGAAACAUCAAACAGACAAUCUGGCUCGCGUGGCUGCAAUAUGGUUCGGAGAGUUCAAGGAUAAGUUUCGAGAGGGUGGCCUAAACCCAACGAUCAACGUGUCCCAAGCAGCUCAGAGAAUCAAAGAGCUCCAGUGCAAGCCGUUUGUCUAUUUUCUCCACCGCUUCCGCAAGCUGUAUCGUGGGGGAGGUGUGCUCCCAGACAACGUCUUCAACCUGCGCUUGAAGGGCUCGAACAAGUGCAUCGCAAAGACUGGUGGUGGUUUGCACUUGGCAGAUUGCAAGGCUGCAACCAAAUUGCACCUUGCAAACAUGAUACCCCCCGGCUUCCCACAUCCAGAUGACUUUGAAGCACAACCCGAUCACCAGGUGGUUUGUGGCGGUCACGUCGCCAGCAGCUGCGCCAAGUGCCCCCAAGGGCAUGGAGAAAGUUAUUGCCACAUGGAUUGCAGGUGGCUCUUUGGUGAAUGCGUUCCACGAGUGGCAACGCAAAUGCCAAAAGCGGAGGAAGCUUUCAUGUUCUCUGGGAUUCGUCUAUGGAACACGAUCGAAUGCUUUGACCGCUUGGAUCCUACAGGUCCAAUCCUCUACUUUUGUGAUAUCUCUGGGCACAAUUUGAAUCAGCAAUAUCUCCUUGACCGGAAGGGACAUAUGCGGCAUGCUUCCGGUCAUUGUGUCUCUGCUGAUGAGAGUCGUUUACGUUCCAGCACAUGUGAGGAUGCUUCCUUGUGGGAAAAAAUUGAUGGAUUUGUUCCUGUUGAAACGACCCGCUAUUUGGCAUCCGUUCGCAAAUAUGGCUUGACAGAUGAUGUUCCGGACAGCUAGCUGCGGCUUGGUGGGUUGACCAUCAUCGUGAGAUCCGUUCAAUGGUGCAACAUCAUGGUUUUCGACAUCCAAACUCCAAGAUCUACACUUGUUUGGUGACGGCAGCUGAACAUGAGCCGCCCUAUAUAGCUGUCGCUAGUUUGGAGAAAUGGUCCAUUCUAGCUUUGCUGCUUCCAAAGUAUUCCAACGUUUUGUUCAGAUAGUGCAUCACAAUGCAUGAGUCACAAGGCUAAUUCAUGACCAGGAGCCAUUCUCCGAGGAGUCGAACAUUUCAAAACACAUGCAGUCAGG